CUAUAGUUUCGUGUCUUAUAUAAUAACAAGCUAUUAUAUAAUACACCUAUUUCGAUUUUAUAAAAAAAAAGAAAUAAAAAUUUUAAUUAUAUGUCUAACAUCACAAACAUUUUUAACACAGUCUUAAACUCAUCUCCGUUACAUAUUUUUCUAAUUGGAAGUACAACCGUCUAUUGUAUAUUAUGGUAUCUGGACAAAAAAAGGGUUUCAGAUCCGAAUUACCGCAAGAACGUAAAAAGUACUAGACUGUCCGCCGAAUUGGCGAGAUUAAACGCACUCAAGUCGCGAUCUACGACGUUUCCCGCUCCCCACGAUCCGGCUGGGAAAUUGAAAUUCGCGCUGUGCAAAAUCAAUCACGCUGAACAGUGCUUGGAGGUCGCGAUCGGCGACGCGGACUACAUCGGCUGCGGACGCUGUAAAGGAGAGGCGUCCGACGUCGGCUGCAGAAAGGAAGCGUCUGUCUGCAUUGCCGAAGCUUUGUACGUGUUGAGCUUUCAAGAAGCUGAGGUGAUGUUGGCGAAAGUUAAGUCCACACUACCGUCGAAAACUUACACUCUGGUGAGCGACAAGUACGCUGAACUUAAGAAAAACGCCAGUCGAUGAUUAUACAUUGAUAAACAUUUAUAAAUUCACUGUCAAAAAACAAUAAACUAUUUUUAGAUGAACUAUAA